UCUCUGCUCUGACAACAUCGACAAUAUUGUCGCCCGAGGGUUUUUGUACGAGCAUGUGGGUACGAUCAAAGUUCACUGCCAGGAUUACGAUGAUUCACAUGCUCGGAUCAUGGUUUCGGAAAUCCUGCAAGAGGACGCUGAAAUCCCAGUCCCAAUUGAAGAGUGCAGAUAUGUUAGGGACGUGUACCAGAUGUUCCUUCCUUGGCCUAAACACUUAAUUUUAACAACCGAGGGUCCACUCGCUCAACCGCCCUCAAGACGUGAUGCGUCAAAGGGGAAAGCUCCGAUGCUUUCUCCACAAGGCCGUGGUGCACGGGAAGAUGACUUGUUCACGGAAGAGAAGAUGGCGUUGAUCCCUAAUUCGCUAAAAUGGAUGAUUCAUGAAUUCCUAAGGCUCAAAGAUAAACGUGAUAUAAUCACAAUUUCUGUCCCCCGAGGAUUCAUUGCACCGCGUACCCAGAUCACGUUAUCUGGAGAGGAUUUGCAGCAGGUUGCUACGUGUAACUACAUCGGCAACCAGGGAAUGCUGUUUGGAAUGAUGCACAUAUGGGAGAGCAUCAAUGGUCUGAGAAAAAUUUUCAAGUUUUACGACCCAGAGCUUCUCACAGUGCAUGGGAUCAACGAUGAAGAACAGAGUCGAUCCUUUUGA